AUGGCCGGCCUCACCGACCUUACUGACGCGACUCCCGCCGGCGAGAUCGACCCCGAGGCCUCCAAAAGUGCUGUUGAGCGCGCUGCGGAGGCUGAGCGCCUCGAGGCCGCGCGCGCCGCUGCCCUAGAGCGCGCUUCGCAGGCCGAGGAAGAGGCCGCAGCUGCUGUGCGCGACCGCGAUGAGGCCGCUACACGCGCGCGUGCCGCUCUCGAUCGCGCUGCGAAGGAGCGCGCCGCUGCUGCGGCUUCGUCUCCUAUCACCGAGUCCCCUGGAGAUGAUGCCGGCGACUCCCCCAAGCCCUACGCCGGCAAACAAGAUCUUCAGGACGCUCUUCUUCUCCAUGAGGCUGCCGCCAUCAUGAAUCUGCACGCCCAGGCCGUUGGUGUCCAGAACAUUCGCGGCCUCGUCCCCAUCGUCCUCGACUCCUUGGCGGACAACUACUCGCGCUGGCGCGAGUCCUUCCUCCUCACCCUCGGUAAAUUCUCCCUGCAGGAUCACGUUCUGUACGAUGGUCCUGCCCCUGCUGUCCCAGAUUGGAUCCGGAUGGAUUGCGUGGUGUCGUCGUGGAUCCACGGCACCGUCUCCUCCGACAUCGCCGAUGCCCUAGACCGCGGCUGCACUCACCGCGCCCUCUACCUCGACGCCGCCUUCCGCGACUUCAGUCAAGGCGAUCUCAGCAUCAACGACUACUGCUCCCAGUUCAAGAAGAAGGCCGAGAAGCUCCGUGAUCUUGGCGAACACAUCACGGAUCGCACUCUCGUCCUCAACAUUCUUCGCGGCCUCAACGAGCAGUACUCCGUCGUCGCCUCCCACCUCAGGCGCGGACGGCCCUUCCCCACCUACGCCGACGCCAAGGCUGAGCUGCUCAUGGAGGAGCUCUCCCUCAAGCAUCGCUCCACCGCUCCUGCUACUGCCCUGGUGGCUGCUGCAGGCGCUUCGGCUUCAGCCCCUCCUGCAGCGCCAUCUGCAUCCGGCGGUAAGCAGCAGCAGCAGCAGCGUCGUGGCAAGCGCGGCGGCCAGAAGAACAAGACCGGCGGCUCUGGUGGCUCCAACACCUCAUCUACCGCCGGCCAGAAGGCUUCUGGCGCCUCUCCAGACGCUCCCCGGGGCUGGCCAUCUUUCUACAAUCCCUGGAUAGGGAUGAUACAGAUGUGGCCAGGCCCUCGUCCACCCCUGGCGCCCAUCCCGACGGCGCCGCAGCAGCCGCAGCACCAGCAGCAGCAUGCGCUGGUCGCGCAGCAGCACCAGCAGGCGCCUCCCGUGCCCUUCCAGCAGCCUGCAGGUGCUGGACAGUGGGCCUCUCCUGUGCCAAACUACUACAAUCCACUGGUGGGAUCUCCCACCUGGGAUCAGCGUUCCCUCGCCUCCGCCUUCAGCACCAUGACGGUGACUCCACCUUCCGACGGUGACUGGUACUUCGACUCUGGGGCUUCCUCACACAUGGCUUCCGACGCCGGAUCUUCCGUCCAGGAGCGAGAUCAUCAGGUGCAAUAG